AAAAACCGACCAAAGAAACACAAAGUACCGAGACCGAGAAGUCGUAGACGAAUCGUUUCAAACCCGGAUUCUCAGCUGCCAUAAAGACAAGGACAAAGCCUCAUUCCUUUACGCCACGUGUCCAUUUCACAUCUGUGGCGUCUAAACUUUUCCCUUUCUCUUUUCUUUUCGUCUCUCUGAUCAUCUCUGAUCCUUCAAUUUCUCUUCUGGAAAAAAGAAAAACACUCUUUAAUGGCUACAACAUCUGCUAUCUCUUCUUUCUCUUCGUUUCCUUUCCUAUCCCGUUGGAGAGAAACCAGUUCUUUUCUCCCAACUUCUUUCAGAUUCUCAAAUCGUCCCUCUCGUUUCCUUCGAUUCUCUUUCAAAGCUUCAGAUUCCGGUAGCUUUCCCGGUGAAGAUUCUUUUGGUUUCUUUCCUUGGUCCCCUGGUGACAACGAUGUGGAAUGGGUUCGAGAGGACAGAGUCACUUUGUUCACAUCAGAUGGACUGAUUCAAAUUGGAGGUUCAAUGGUUCCUCGGCGUCUAACUUUUUCAGAUAAGAAACGGGGAAAAUCAAAAACGGCUCAAAGAUUUCAACGGUUUCAAGAGAGUGAUUACAUGGAUCCUAAUCAAGGCUUAUGUCUAGGUGCUCUUUUUGACAUUGCAGCAACAAAUGGACUUGACAUGGGCAGAAGGCUUUGUAUCAUUGGCUUUUGCCGCUCCAUUGAGAUGCUUAGUGAUGUUGUUGAAGUUACUGUUUUAGAGCAUGGUGGGGAGGUUGUUGCGGCUGAGAAGGCUAUCAAAGGUGGUUUGCAUGAAAAGCUUACCAUGACAGUUGCAGUGCCAUACCUCUGGGGUGUUCCCACUGCUUCUGACACACUUCACCUUGCUGUACGGAGUGGUGGAGGGAUUGUGGAGAAGGUUUAUCGGCAAUGGGAUUUUUUGUAAGUAAUUCAUCAGUUUCUUCUAACCAUCACUUGUAUUCCUGUGUGCAUUCUGUACAUAAAAUUGUUGUAUUUGUAUGUACGAAACUGAAUGUUGUAUUCUAAUUCACUGACCUAACCAUUAUUUGGGAAUUAAUUGUCAAUAUCCAAUUGAUUA